CAAAGUGGAUUAACCUCAUUCUUAUCCAACCUUCAAGCCUGUCACACCUGCAUGUGCCAAAUUCAAACUUCCAUCAUCCAUCAAACUCCCCUUCAGAAUAAUCCAAGAUGGCGUGGAGACAACAAGGAAGCACUGGGUCUAACAAUAUCCCUCUGGGUAACCGACGCAGGUUCGGCGGCGACAGCGCGUCCCCACCACCAACAGCACCUCGCGACGAUGGUGGCUACAAUCCCUCGCGCCCGAGCAAUGGCCACUCUGAAGCUCCUUCAUUCAAGCGCGGCCGCAGCCCAACCAGAGGUAGAAUUUCUACUGCUCUCAUCGCUUUCCGAUUACAUACUAACUCUCCCACAGCGAAGGAAGAACCCGGUGCCGAUGGAGGAAGACGUCGCAAGAAGAGAAAUCGCUGGGGUGAUGCCACUGAGAACAAGGCUGCAGGACUCAUGGGACUUCCAACCGCUAUCAUGGCCAAUAUGACCAGUGAACAACUCGAGGCCUACACACUCCAUUUACGUAUCGAGGAGAUCAGCCAAAAGCUCAGAAUUGAUGAUGUGGUUCCAGCGGAUGGCGACAGGUAUGCACAAAAAAUACAAAGCCCUUGGAUACUGCGAUUCUGACUAUGCUUAGAUCCCCAUCGCCUCCACCUCAAUACGACAACUUUGGUCGACGUGUCAAUACUCGCGAGUAUCGUUAUCGCAAGCGCUUGGAAGAUGAGCGACAUAAGCUCAUUGAAAAGGCUAUGAAGGUCAUUCCUAACUACCAUCCACCACAGGACUAUCGCCGUCCCACUAAGACACAGGAGAAAGUUUAUGUGCCAGUCAAUGAUUACCCAGAAAUUAACUUCAGUAUGAUUGCUAACCCUCUAACCUUUCUAACCUCUUAUUUCAAAUCCCCCCCUCUUCCAUUUCAUUAUUGUGUGACGCUGCGCGGCAUUUGAGGAUGCAGCUCAAUGUCAUCACUAACCUGUCAACUCACCAUAUACUUUGCUCUUAGCUUUUGAUCAUACACUAACACUCAGCUUGCGUUUUACUAAAGUUGGCUUACUUAUCGGUCCCCGUGGUAACACCUUGAAGAAAAUGGAAACAGAAUCCCAGGCUAAAAUCGCUAUCCGUGGAAAAGGAUCCGUCAAGGAAGGAAAGGGCCGCUCCGAUGCAGCUCAUACCAGUAACCAGGAAGAGGAUCUCCAUUGUUUGAUCAUGGCCGACACCGAGGAAAAGGUCAACAAGGCAAAGAAACUCAUCCAUAACAUCAUUGAAACUGUGAGUACUUUUGUCUCCUUGCCUUGGUUAAGUUUUUAACAUUUCUAGGCUGCAUCAAUUCCUGAGGGCCAGAACGAACUCAAGCGAAACCAACUUCGUGAACUUGCCGCUCUUAACGGUACUCUACGUGACGAUGAGAAUCAAGCUUGUCAAAAUUGUGGUCAAAUUGGACACCGAAAAUACGACUGUCCCGAGCAACGCAACUUCACAGCAAAUAUCAUCUGUCGCGUUUGUGGCAAUGCUGGACACAUGGCUAGGGAUUGUCCUGAUAGGUACGAAUCAUUGUAUAUUUUUCGACGGAUUAUGCUGACCAGAAAUAGACAACGUGGUGCCAACUGGCGCAACGACGGUCCCGGCGGUCUUCCUGGCCCAGCAGCAGGUCGCAUUGGUGCUGGAGAUGCAGUUGACAGAGAAUACGAGGUAAGCCAUACAACUCUUAUAAGUAUGAUUGCAUUACUGACAUAUUUUAGCAACUUAUGCAAGAACUUUCUGGUGGUGCACCCAGUGCAGAGGCUCCUAGACGCAUUGAAGCUGGACCCGGUGGUAACUUCGAUCAACCACCAGGACCCCCAGUAGACGCCGACGUCAAGCCAUGGCAACGUGGACCCACUGGUGCUGCUGCUCCUUGGCAAAAGCGUGGAGAGGAUCGCGGUGGCUAUGAUAAUCGUGAUUCCGCUCCUUCAGGUGGUUCCGCGGCACCUUGGGCUAGAGAUCGUGGUCGAAACGACAGCCAUGCUCAAGGAGACUAUUACGGUGGUGGCCAGAACCAUCCAGCUCCAGCUCCAAACGCUGCUCCUUGGCAACAACCUGCCCCAGCUUAUCCUGCUGCCCAAGGAGCCUCUGGAUAUUCUGGUUAUGCUGCUCCUGGUUACGCUGCUGGAUAUCCUCCUGCGCCAACAAUGGGUGCUCCUCCUGGAUUGGCCGCUCCUCCUGGAUUGAGCAGUGCUGGAAUUGAGGCUCUGUUACAACAGUUUGCAGGCAGUCCGCCUCCACCACCUCCAAGUUCGAGCAUUCCUCCUCCCCCACCUCCAUCUGGCGCUCCCCCACCACCUCCUCCCAGUGAUCAACCACCGCCACCGCCCCCUUCAUAA